UUGAUUUUGAAAAUGGAAGGAAAAAACACCGUUCGCAGCGGGGAGAAACUAUACACGUGUUGUAUGUGUGGACAAGGCUUCAGCAGAUCAUCUACCCUGUUGCAGCAUGAAUACAGUCACACUGGGGAUAGGCCAUUCGUCUGUUCUGACUGUGGGAAAGGAUUCACGCAAACAUCCACCCUGCUGAAACCCCAGCAAGUUCACACAGAUAGCAGACUGUUUAAAUGCUCAGACUGUGGGAAGCUCUGGUGCCCUGAAGCUGCAUCAACGUGUUCACACUGGUGAAAGACCCUUCAGUUGCUCUCAUUGUGGGUCUGGAUUCAAGCAAUCAUCUACCUCACUGAACACCAGCGGAUUCACGCUGGGGAGAGACCAUUCACCUGCUCAGAAUGUGGGAAGACAUUUGCUCGGAAAUCCACCCUACUGAAACACCAGCAAGUUCACACAAAGGACAGACCUUAUAAGUGCCCAGACUGUGGGACAUGCUACAAAAGAUCUGGGGACGUGAUGUUGCAUCAACGUAUUCACACUGACGAGAGACCGUUCAGGUGCUCCCACUGUGGGACUGGGUUCAGGCGGUCAUUCCAACUCACUGUACACCGACGAACGUACACUGGGGAGAGGCCGUAUACCUGCACUGAGUGUGGGAAGGAAUUUGCUCAGAAAUCCAACCUGCUUAAACACCAGCAACUUCACACAGAAGAGAGACCUUUUCAAUGCCCAGAAUGUGAGAAGUGUUUUAAAAGGUCUGGGGACCUGAUGUCACAUCAACGUGUUCAUAGUGAUGAGAAACCGUUCAAGUGCUCUCACUGUGGGGCUGGGUUCAAGUGGUCAACCCAACUCACUGCCCACCAGCGAUCUCACACAGGAGAGAGGCCGUACACCUGCACUGACUGUGGGAAGGGAUUCACUGUGAAAUCCAGCCUGCUAAAACACCAGCGAGUUCAUGAGCAUUGACAGUGACUGAUUUUCGCUGUGAAUAAAUCCCCACUUCCUCGUGUUCCUCCCUCUCUGCCAGAACGUCUGGAUGACAAUGAAAUAA